AAUUUUGUAUUCACAUUUGCGCGCCGGCCCGCGCCUGACGUCAGCCAUUUUGUUCUGUUUAUUUUUUAAAUUCUAACUUUUUAAUUUUCGCGUGUGCACCAGCAUAUUUUUGUGUUUAUUAUUUCUUAAGUUCUUAAUAAGGAUUUUUUCAUUAAUCUGCAUAGAAUGGAAGCCAGCUGAUUAGCGACACCAACACUGAGGAAUGAUAAACCAAUAUGGCGGAAGGAGAAACUCCGAUCACAGUUGAAGACUUGCCUAUAAACUUUCAGGUUAAGUACUUAGGGCAAAGAGACGCAAAAGGACUAUGGGGUAUCAAACACACGAGGAAACCAGUCGACCUGAUGGUGGCUGCCGCUAAGGCUUUACCUCCCGAUCAAAUCCUUCCUAUAGUAAAAUUGGUGAUAUCAGUCGAUGGAGUCUUUCUAGAGACAGUCAAUCAUGACGUCAAAAAGAAAGACUUCGAAAAGAUGUCGGUCUUCUUUAAGAUUGAAUCUAUAUCGUACGGAGUACAGGACCUGGUGUAUACCAGAGUCUUCUCCAUGAUAACGGUGAAGGAUACAGCCAAUGUCAAAGGGCUGAAUCCCUUCGAGUGUCACGGAUUUGUUUGUGAAUCCAGGAACGCAGCGAGACGUCUAAUAUAUUCCUUGUCAGCGGCAUUCCAGGACUAUUCUAGAAGAGUUAAAGAGUUGCAAGCGACUCCUGGAGAAAUAGAUGAACGACAUCCGAGUUUCAAGAAGCGUUUCGCAAUAGACCUCCGAACUCCAGAGGAAAUUGAAGCAGAUUUAGAAACGGAGGCUUAACUGUACAAAUAUUAUUACAUUCACGUUACAUGUAAUCAAAUAUAGGGGAACUUAAGGCCCGCGUACGCAGCACACUUGUGUGGAAAUUUACGCAAUUAAAACGCAUUAAAAUCGUAAUCCCAAUUAAUAAAUGCGAAGAUAAGUUUAUUCAUUUGUUACCUCUUCACGCAUUAUAUUACUCAAGCAAUCUUCUUGAAUUUUUGCAUACAUGUAGUUUGAAGCACGGCGAAGGACAUGGCCUACAAUAACUGCUUCGCGGGAAAUUAACGCGGGCGCAGUCGCAGGCAAUAGUUAAUUCUACAUAAUCGUGCUGCGUAUGCGAGCUUUAAGUCCGACUUAAGACUGGGCCAUCCCGCACAUUAGCGCGUACAUCACAUUUUUAUCAACUUCUUUAUUAUCGAAUACUAAAAAAAUAUCGCUAUAAAUAAUCUUUCAGUUUUUCCAAAAGGUUGACUGGUUGAGAAUGCUUUUAGAAUGAAGCGGUGGUGGUGUAAUGGUUAAGACGUCCGCCUGUGGAUCGAAAGGUCCCAGGUUCGAAUCCUACUCGUGCCGCAUGAGUUUGUAUACAAAUCUGACUCAUGUAUAGUAGUUUUCAUCGAUCACCACUUGCUUCCGGUGAAGGAAAACAUCGUGAGGAAACCUGCACACUGGUUGAUUUUUAACUUGUGUGUUAAAUGGAGAAGGCAAUGGCAAACCACUCCAUUAAUAAUGUCAAGAAAGUUGUUGUGUGUGUUUCAUUCCACGUAAUGACCACGACCCUCAGCCAUGAGGAAUACGACUAUGUUGAAGAAAAUGCUAUUGUAAAAAUCCUUUAUAGCAUAAUAAAUGCGAACGUUCGUCAGAAUGUUUGUGUGUAUUGUAUAUACUUAGUGUUUGUUCACGAGAAAUCUACUCGACAGAUUGCUAUGAAAAUUGGUACACGGGUAGAAUAUAUAUUAUAUAAUCUUGUUAUUCCAGGUUAUAGAAUAUAUAUCAUAUAACCUGGAAUAACACACAGGAUGUUUUUAUCCCGAAAUUGCCAAAUUAGCUCGAGUAGUUUGCUAUAUAUUAGAAGAAAUUGAUAAAUAAAUGUGAUGUUGGGACGCUAGUGUGCCGAGAGCACCCACUUAAUAUAAAACCGUUGUAAUCCAAAGAUAUUAUACAAACAUUUAUUUGUUCCUAAAAGCGAAUCAUUAAACAUAAUUUAUUUAUUAAACUGAGAGCUCAGCACAGGUACUUCUCACUAUCGAGUCGAUUCAAAGUGAGAUGCAGCGGACAAAUCACAUUGCGGCGUGGUUGUCGUUGCGUCACAAUGGCGCGAUGUGAUUGGCUCGUCUCACUUCGAAUCGACUCGAUGUUGGGAUGUUAAUAGCGAACGCACUACGCACAUAAAUCAUACUUAAUUUGAAAGAUUAAGGUUCUGUAUCAUCGUUUACUGAUAAAGUACCUGACAGCCUUAUUGUUUCAUAUCGGACAGAUAACGCUAAAAGUUAUGUAAUUACAAGUAAAUCAAAAUCAAAUCAUUUAUUCAGAAAUUAGGCCUUCACAGGCACUUUUUCAUGUCAUAUUCUAAAUUAAAUGAUGUUUACCAAAGCUACAAACAACUAGCAUUUCGGAACGACCACUGCUGAGAAGAAAUGCCGAAACUGAGAAACUCAUUCAAACAGUGUUGGUCCCUAUUAUGCCAGAAGGGCUUACCAUUUUUGAAAUAUAAAUUUAUGUAUAUUUUUUUAUCAGUAAUAUAACAAUAUAAGUACACAAUAAAGUAGGUACAUGGUCAAAAGGUAUACUGAAACAUAUUAUGAUUGUGAUCAAUUAUCCAAAUUAACCAAACAAAAAAAAAAAAACUUCACCACCCGUUCAGCACCCGUUCACGAGUUGACGCGUGAGUCAGCCAUCGCGAAGCUCAACCACAAUAGAGGGAACCUCCCGACCCGAUCCACGAUCCAAUCAGCCAAUCAGAUCAUGCAUACUUAUCUAGCGGUUAAUUUGUCAAUCUGUCAAAUUACAAUAUUAUAUUUUAGAGGGCCUGAACUUAUAGAAUAAUUGUACGAUUUAAGGCAUGGAUUAUUUAUAUAUAUAUAUAUACUAUAUAAACUAUACAUAGUUACUGGUGUCUAACGCAUAACCUUCCAAAGGCGCAUAAGGUACAUAGAGACUAACAUCUUUUGUUCUCUUCUGUGACUUUUGUCUGAACGUAAUAAAUACGAAAAUUUCCCCUAUUUUUUAGGUUUAAAGUCGUUUCUAUAAAACGUUAACUCUAUGUUCGAUUCCGCUACACAACGCUAUUCUACUGUCUCGUGUUGCUCGGCUACCACAUAGAGUUAACAUGUGUAGAAUCGCAAAUUGGAUUGUAUUUUUUUUUUUAGAUGAAAAAUAAAAACUACGGAUCACGAAAAGUCGUAGAAUAAAAGUUGCUUGUUUUGUUGUACCCGAGUAGUCUUUGGGAGGUUUUGCGUUUGAUACCAGUAACCCUGAAUAUAUAUGCUAUGCUAAUAUAUAUAGAACCACAGUAUAGAACAAUAGAAUGGGACAAAACAAUAAAUAGUAUUAUUUAUUAUAUUAUAAUUGCAUACUACAUUGUAGAUAAAUUUAAGUGAUAAUUGAAAGUAAUAGAGCAUCCAAUGUAAUGCACACUGCGUAAUUUAUAUAAGUGCUUUUAUUUACCGCAAUGAAAAACCAGCAAUGUAUAUAACAUCCGCCAAUUUUGGCAGAAAAUCGCGUACUAGACGGGAUUUUUAUUAAUGGAAUACAACAAAUUUAAAAAAAAUACUUUGAGGGUGUUCUGAAUUCAUGUUAGAUGACGUGAAAAAACUAGCAUUCUCAUAUUAUAUAAAUAUGUACUUUCUAUAUUUCAGUAGAUUAAAAAAUAUAUAUUCAAAACCUUAUUUUUAUAUGUUGAUGAUAAUAACAUGUUCUCAAAUGGCGAAAGU